UUUGAUGGAUGACCAGAUUGAGGCAGCGUCACUGUUGAUCCCAGAGACCGCCCCUUGUAAGUUGCGGAGGAUUGUGAGGCCAUACCCUGAGUUUCCAUCUAAACGUUUGGUGAAGAAGUCUGACCCAAAAGUUGUACAGUAUCGACGAAAAGGACUUGAAAUUUACAUCCAGGGUCUUGUUGAAGUGUUGCCAGUGCAUCAGUUAGUGUUGGAAUUUUUGCAGUUGGGAGAUGUCAGUGAAGAGUAUGAUGAAAUAGACUAUGAAGAAUUUGCGUCUUUGAGGAAGUCUCCAGCCAGAUAUACUCAUUUUCCAGUCCUAAGGAUGUGUUCCUAUCAACCACAAAGAGAUGCCAGCUGUGAUAUGAAGUUUGAAGAACCGGGAUUUUCGGAUGCAAGCACCAGUGCAGCGGCAAUCGAAGAUGCAAAGAGUGAUGUAGAUUUGGGUGAUAUUGUGACAAAAGGAGUCGUAUGGGGACUGAGGAACAAAGCAUCAUGAUAGUGGUAGAAGAUUGACAUGUAAAGGAUAGACGUGACUCUGUCAAUGUCAUUAUAACAUUCUUUGAAAGACAAGUACUCAAGAUGAACUGAUAUCAUAAAUAGCAUGCAAUUAUAAUGAAUACAACUAGUGUGCAAAAGGUAUCUUUAAUGAAAUAAUG